GUUUGAGUCCUGCUUGAUCCGAUCUGACCUUCUCCCUAUCCCAUGAUGUUGUAUCUGACAUACCCCAUUUCAUUCCUGCUCUCUAUUAUCCUUUGCCCCUGGAUAAUGGCUAAUGAUAAUCUGCGUUUUUCUCUUGUCUAUACCCUUUGUUAUACCCUGUCAUGUUUUUGUUCCUUUCUUUGUUCCCCAAUGGUGGUUUUGCAAGAAUCUGAAGCUGAGUUCCGUAGUCACGAAUAUGGAGAUUGUGCAUGGAUUUCAUAUGUCUAGGAUAGAGGGGUGGUCAGAUGGGAUGGCGGUAAAUCAUUUGUUUCUGCUCUUGGGCUCGGUGUUGUCAGCUCCGGGAUAUUGUUUCGUUCGCGUUUCCUACAUUGGAUGAUCUUCUUUUUCCCUGUUAUGUUUGCAUUGAUGGUUAUCUGUCUCACUCUACUCCGAUCUAUCUUACAGUGCUUUUAUUUGACAACGAUUUCAUCCGGG